UUCAUUUCCAAUCGAACCUCAAACACCAAAACAACACGCCUAAGCUAAAUAGACCAAAACCAACCGGUCUCUGAGAUUUUUUGCUUUUUCUAUCUUCCCAGAUCUCAAGCCUUAAUCUUUCUAUCUAACUCUCACUCCAAAAUCUAAUUUUUCAACUGGUGUUUCUGGAAGAUCGGUUGACGAAUUGAGAGAUCUUAUCACUUUGUGACACAGAAGGGUUUCAAUCAAUCGUAAUCAUGUUUAACCGCAUGUUUGGUAAACCUAAACAGGAAACCAAUGCUGUAGCAACUUUGGACAAGUUAAGCGAGACGCUUGAAAUGCUAGAGAAGAAGGAUAAAGUACUCCAAAAAAAGGCUGCCGCGGAAGUUGAGAAGGCUAAAGAAUUCACUAGGGCAAAGAACAAAAGGGCGGCAAUACAAUGUUUGAAGAGGAAGAGGUUAUAUGAACAGCAAAUAGAGCAGCUCGGAAAUUUCCAGUUGCGUAUUCAUGACCAGAUGAUAAUGUUGGAAGGUGCUAAAGCCACCACAGAAACAGUAGAUGCGUUAAGAACCGGAGCAUCUGCUAUGAAGGCUAUGCAAAAAGCAACGAAUAUUGAUGAUGUUGACAAGACCAUGGAUGAGAUCAAUGAACAGACUGAGAACAUGAAACAGAUUCAGGAAGCAUUGUCAGCUCCAAUUGGUGCAGCUGCUGAUUUUGAUGAGGACGAAUUGGAAGCGGAACUUGAAGAACUGGAGGGUGCUGAGUUGGAAGAACAGCUUCUUCAGCCAGCAACUACAGCUCCUGCGGCCCCAGUGCAGGUCCCAGCUGGGCGGCAACCAACUCGCCCUGUUCCUGCGAAGCCCACUCCUGAGGAUGAUGAGUUGGCAGCUUUGCAGGCCGAGAUGGCACUUUGAACAGGCAUUGUUGUGCGUGAAGACUAGUGGCUUCCAUGAAGAAAUGUAACCACUAUGAUGUAGAGAAUUCUGCUUCUCUUCUACUUGCUUAUGUGUGCAAUUAUUGAACAGACCAGAGGAUGUAUUAUGUAUAUAUAAAAGGUGAAAAAAAUUGAACAUAAAAGUCCCCUUCAAAACUCAUUACUUUUCUCUUGGAUGAGUUUGAACCCCCUUUUUAAAUAUGUACUUAUCAAAUAUUGAUGCAUUUGGCUCUUAUAUUCUGUUUGGUGGUGUUUAACAUUUGUCAUCAUCAAUUUAAUCA